AUGAAGUGCAGUGCGUGCGGAAAGUUUAUGGCGGCGGUAGAGGGCGUUACGUGUCCUAAAUGGCACAAAUCACACAGGGCCUGCGUCAAAGUUCCUGAAGGUGUGCAGGUCCAACCUACUUGGUUAUGUCCGGACUGUAAAAUACGGACGCUCCGAAAGUCAGAUCAGAAUACGCCUGUGCGAGGACUUAAUUCCGAGAAUAUUAUCGAGCAAGGCGAAGAGAAACCCCAAAGCCCUGUGGCGCAAGGUUUCAAAGAGUCGGAACUAGCUCUUGAACUACGUAAAUUUAGAGAAGACUGCGAGAAACCAGGGAAGAAUUUAGAUCUUUCCGACAGGAGAUGUUUGAUUUGCGUAAUUCCAUAA